GUUUAGGGGAAAGAUGUCUAAGAGCUGGAUGCUUUGUCGCUAUGCGCCAGUUGCAGUGGUACUCAUCAUCAUCUUCAGUGUUAAAGGUUACAUUGAAGACCCUCUUCUGGCUUGCCUGCAGGAUGCUGACUACAAUGAGCUUCUUGACAUCAUGAAUCAGGGUCUCCCCUUAACCAAAACUCCACAGCAUGUAGUUAUCGUUGGUGGGGGAAUAGCUGGACUGACUGCAGCCCAACUCUUAGAAAAAGCUGGACACAAGGUGACUAUCAUUGAGGCAAACCAUCACUUGGGCGGCCGUGUGGAGACCUAUAGGAAUGAAAGGGAGGGCUGGUACGCCGAGUUAGGAGCCAUGAGGAUUCCCAGUUUUCACAAGAUUCUGUUCAAUUUCAUGGCCAAGUUGGGACUGCGGCUAAAUACUUUCAUUCAGGAUGACGACAACACAUUUUACUAUGUAAAUGGGUUACUGCAAAGAACCUCCAUUGUUAAGGACAACCCAGAUGUAUUAAGAUACCCUCUCAAUGAAGCCGAAAAAGGGAAGUCAGCAAGUCAACUUUUUGAUAUGGCGCUAUGGAAGAUGAGAGAUGACUUGAACACCAUUGGCUGCAAUUCUGUUUUGGAAAAAUAUGAUUCAUACUCAGUAAAGGAAUAUUUGGUAAAAGAGGCUAACCUGAGCCGAGGAGCCCUCAGGAUGAUAGGAGACCUCCUGAAUGAGAACAGCAUUUUUUACACGGCUCUAACAGAGAUGCUGUACAUUCAGUCGGAUAUAAAUGACAACAUUGAGUACUAUGAAAUCACCGGUGGCUUUGAUCUCCUGACAAGAGCAAUGACUGAUAUGCUCAACAGCACCAUCAUUUUUAAUUCAAAGGUCAAACGCAUAACCCAGUCUGACAACAGUGUAACCGUUACAUACCAGGACUGGCGCAGCUCCUCCACUCUGUCUAACAUAACCGCUGACUAUGUCUUACUGACUGCUUCGGCAAAGGCCACGUUGUUUGUUGAAUUUCAACCUGCCCUGUCAGAGCUCAAGUUGGAAGCGCUACGCUCGGUCCACUACACCACCUCCACAAAGGUGGUGCUCAGUUUCAGCGAGCGGUUCUGGGAACAGGCUGGCAUUAAAGGUGGCAAAUCCAUCACUGACCUGCCCUCUCGUUUCAUAUACUACCCUAGCCAUGGGUUUUCUGGGAAAGGAGGGGCCCUCUUGGCAUCCUACACGUGUUCCGAUGACUCUGCCCUGUUCCAGGGACUGAGGGAUGAAGAGCUGAUGGAAGCAGUGCUAAACGACUUGGUGAAGAUCCACGGAGAGGGUAUACGUGGUCUCUGCACGGGCGGCGUGGUGAAAAAGUGGGGUUUGGAUCCCUUCAGCCUGGGAGCUUUUGUAAUUUACACCCCUUACCAGCAGACCGAUUACGCCUCUGUUUUGUUCAACAGCGAGAAUAGGGUUCAUUUUGCAGGGGAGCAUACAGCCACACCGCACGCUUGGAUUGAAACUGCAAUGAAAUCUGCCAUCAGAGCUGCCAGAAACAUUAACAAAUUGACAGUAUAA